AGCAUCUCUCAGCACUGUACCUCCGUACUGUGCCCCUCGCGCCAACCGCUUGUACAGGACCAACCAACCUCAUCGCAACAGUUUCUCCAUGCACCGGUAGCACACUUGGAAGUUGUAUAUGAGCUGUUUCCGAGCCUAGCGAUAUGUCGCUGCCACCAUUAUCUCCAAGGCUCCCCAGCCCGCCCCCUCCCACCGAAAUCCAGAUAGGUCCCAAAUCGCCGUCAUUGGGGAGCUCCUUCAACCAAGAACCCUCAAUCGAGCAAAGUGUCAUCGAUGCGAACUCAAAGCGGAGGAUCCACCCAGGGACCAAAUCGGUAGAUAUGGCUGCAGGUCCUCCUCUGGUUCCCCUUAGUGAGGUAUGCAGGACCGCUCUCAAUUCCAUCUGCUCGAAAUACUAAUUGUGCUCCAUAGCUUGAUUCUGCCUUCCAACUCCAGGAGCAUCUCAAAGCUUUGCACCACCACUAUAUAAAACCCUCAGAUAGCGAUAACUCAAUCCCGAUUAACCGCAAAACGGCUCUCUUGAUUGCUACACCACCCGAAGGCGUCGACCGGUCGUUAUGGCUAUAUGAACUUUGUCGAUUUCUUAUAAACAAAUGCAACGACUUGAUAAUUGGAUUCCUAUUUGAUGAGCCCCCGUGUUCCGCAGCAACAUGUCCUGAAAUGCGCGCCAGCGAGUGGCAGUUUCUAUGCGCAGUUCAUGAAUCUCCAAAGAGUUGUUGUGCGAUCGAUUACUGUUGUCAUACUCUCGAUUGGGCUACGAAUAUCGUCACAAGUCAAAAGAUUUUCCCCAGUCGUCUAAGUCUCGGUUCUGGUGAUUCUCUGGAUGAGCGUGGAUCUGGCGUAAAGCACUUAAUUAACAUCUUCAGGCGAUUACAUCGCAUUUUCGCCCAUGCUUGGUUUCAACAUCGGGGUGUAUUUUGGCAGGUAGAAGGACAAACUGGACUGUACGUCCUAUUCAAAACUGUCUGCGAUAGCUACGACUUAUUACCAGCGGAGAACUACAAGCUUCCUCCGGAAGCCGAAGGGCUAGAACCAACGGAAGAUUUAAAGACAUCGGUUCCAUCAAUCUUAAAGUCGGAUUCAGCCAAAUCUGCUUCAAUUGAGGAAGAUUUCGUGAAUGCCGCUCGAAGCAAUACCGGUACCAACACAAGGCGACAUAUUCGACAAUCGCCUUCUUUUGGUUCUGCCAUCACUACGGUUUUGGAAUCAGAUGAGGACGAUUCAGACGUGACAGCGAAAUUCGGCUCGCUUGAAAUAACAGAGGAGGAGGAUGAAGAAGAGGAAGGGACUGCGGACUCGACAACUACGGAAGUUCCAGUGAUUGUAGAGACAUACGAGGUUGAUGAGCGACAUGAUACUAAACCAGCUGAACCCGAAUCUACUAAGAAGGAGAAGCCUGAAUUGGAAACAGAGGCAAACGAUGAAUCCGGGAUUUCUUUCACACCAGAAUCCUCAGAAGGGGAACCAGAACCAGAAACGGAGACGGAGCUGCCUCUGAAAAUCGUAACAGACAAGACAACCGAAUCAAAGACUGAUGAUGACGAUGAUUCAGCCGAGUCUAUGUCCCCUAUAGCUCCUGAUCUACCAACUAAAUCAAAAGAGCCAACCGGUGAGACUAAGGAAGGAGACCUGGUAGAAGAGAAGUCACCUGAUAGUGAAGAAGUAGCGGAGAAGGGAAUUAAUGGAGAGGUGGAUAAAAAGGACGAGGAAAAGAAGGAUGUCGUUUCGUCAUGAAAAAUUAGAUUAAUGCCUUGUACUAAUACGAUACCCAUGCAAGACGUCCAGCAGGCGUCAUUUACGAAGCAGAAGAAUCUUUCUCACAGGAUAGCUUUGAAUAAUGUAAUAUAUU